GAUUCUUGCCGCUCACCCGAUUGCAAACAAGCUGUAACUAACUGAUCUGAGGCCAGCGGUAUCUUAAUUUUCACGAAUAAACAUGAUCACAAUCUUCCGUGGACCGGUAUCCGUCUUUCAAGUCACAUUUAUGUCGAAAGCGGUCUGUAUGAGCUCUCAGUUCGUAUAGUUAGACGCCUGUUGUCAUGGACAGGAAUGUGACAGCUAAUUAGCCAGACUGCUAACCUGCAGUUGAUCCUGCACGAAGACGGAUUUAAAGUUACACUUGAAAUAGUAUUGUGGCUUUUACAUCGGCCAUCAUGUUAGAUUACAAUACUAUUUUAUUAGAUUUCGAUAGCCUGCUGCCAUCUUGAAUGUAGGCAUGUUGUCGUUGAAGCAGCUAACAAUGUAAGCCAGCGGUAUUCCCCUUCAUUCCCACAUAGUUCCGUGUAUGAUGUAACCAGCCUGCCAUGAAGCAAAACAACGUACACAACACCGCCCGGCUUUCGAAUACUCCUUAAUAAACGUUGAUUUGGCUCUUUGUAACUUCACUGCUGAGAUUCUAGUUUAAAAUGUUAACUUUGCUCGGCUAAGUUGUGCAUGAAUACGGAGUUUCCCUUUUCCCGUGCACAAAGGAGCGGAUGGGAGGGCGAGCGAUGAUGCAACCACAGGCAACACUUGAGCUCACUCAUAGGAGAGAGAGAAAUUUUGCCACAUGUGCAAACAUUGACAUGGCAGCUCGGUAGGACUACAGCAACAUAAUGCUUCAGGAUGAGCACAAGUUGUUGAGCUGACUUUUAGGUGUUGCAGCAUUUUGCUGAAAUGAUGCGUUUCUGCGGCACAAAGCUGCAUUUUGUGGCAUUCUGCAUUUUCAAAAGGAUCUAACACCGAUUCUAGCUCUGUGAAGCCCCACAGAACAGUUGGAGAGGUUGACAGAGUGGCAGAUAGUGGAAGUGGAUCCAAAUGAGCAAGCAGCUGCAACAGAAGAUAUCCAACACAGAUCAGAACGGUGUCAGUGUUAUACAGAAUCAGUCUCAUAAUAGUGCACUGAACCCCGCAGGAGCCACAGGACUACAGCAGGUUCCUCAGUUAGUCCCAGCAAGUCCCGGAGGUGGUGGUAAGGCCACACCACCCAGCAAGAUGAAGAAGACCAGUAUGGAUAAAGACAGUGAUGAGUACCGCCAACGGAGAGAACGCAACAACCUUGCAGUAAAGAAGAGCCGCAUGCGUAGCAAGCAGAAGGCACAGGACACCCAGCAGCGUGUCAAUGAGCUGAAGGAGGAAAAUGAGAGACUGGAGGCCAAAAUCAAAUUGCUCAGCAAAGAACUGAGCGUGCUUAAAGACCUGUUUCUAGAGCAUGCUCAUAACCUCGCGGAUAACGUGCAGCCCCCUGCUUCAGGUGGAGGCCCCGGAGACCUCUGCAACAACAACAACAACAGUGGCAGUAACAGCAGCAGCCAGUGAGAGCCUACUGUUGGUAUGCAGUGUGCUAUACAGAGGCUCUCUAAGCAAAGCAUUUUACUUAAUCAUAUUGCGCUUUCUUUUUCCCCAUUUCUGGAAUGUGUACUGUCCACAGCGUUUAACUUGCGUGUCUUCUGUUUGUACACUCAAAUUCGGUUUUGAUCUCACAUGUAAUGUCUCAUGCUGAGACUGAUGACAUCAUCGCCAUUGCAACCACAGAAUGUCAAACCCACGCUCUGAUUUGAUGUGCUGGAGAUAAGUUUUAUAGCCAGCUUUCAAUUUUAAAGCAUGUUUCAGUCUCUUAAUACUUAAUUUAUUUUUCCAGUUUAGAGGAUUGUGAACCAUUCUCAUUAGAGAAUUUUGAUAUUUGUCCAAAGCUGGUCACGAAGAUUGAAGAUGGAACAGUAUGUAUGCUCCAUCAGUGAUCAGUAGGUUCAAGAAUGAAAGUUACAAAACUUACACUCUCCAAAAGACCCACAAUAUGAAAUAAUAGAACCAUACAGUACAAUAAUUUAUUAUGACUAGGGAAUUAGAGGUAACUAAAAAGCCCUGGAAGAUCUUCUUCCAACGGAAGUCAAGAAACUAAGUUACUAUUUUGUAUUCUUGCUUUUUUGCAACUUUGCCUGACUUGCUCUUUACUUGUUGACCAUUUCUUUAAAGAACAGCAAAUAUACUGUUUUAUCCAUGGCAACGGACAACAGACAGGCAAAACGUGUUGCAUCAGACUCCAGAUAGUGUCUGCAUUAACAGUAGCCCUUAAAUCCCUAAAAUCCUCCAAUUCUGACAAGAGUGGAGGAUGAGAAAUAGAGUAGAUUAUUAGCUCUAGCCUGUAUGUUAGGGUGUUGGUAGCUAAAUUAACACAUAUUUCAUCACAGUAGCUCUUGUGCCUGUGUAAAUACUGAUGAAGGUGCAGAUAAGAUUAGAAUGAGAACAUCCCUAAACCGGUGUUUAAGCAUUUAAAUUGCAUCACUCAUCUGUCAACUGACUUUAGACUAGAUUUUUUCCUAAAUUUGUUGAUAAAUUAUUAUUUAUAUUGCAAAGUACAAACUUGGCAUAAAGCUUUGAAUAAGUCCCUUUCCUUGCUAAUCUUCACCCUAUCUCACGGCAUCAAUUUGUGGCUAUUUUGUUUCUCUGACCAGUCUCAGUUAAGAGCAGUAUGUGUGAAGUUUACAUCUGCAGCAGCAGAUGUUACUUAAGGUUAUUGGAGCAGGCCGGUAUUGUAGUCAAAUGACCUUUGCCCUCAUUAAUUCUCAUGGGACUGUGUGUCCUUCGAGUCACUGUAGAUAGACUUUUGUACCUCAGGCUAUGCCUCACCAGACAGCCUUUAAGAUCUAUAAUAUUCCUGUUUAAGAGAAAAUUAAAAAGAGGAGGGGGAAAGCGGUAAGAAAAGACAAGGGGAUCUUGUUAGAUGUGUGAAGCAUCUUUAAUUCUAUUUCAUAUUUUCAUUUUCUAUAUUUGAAGUUUUAAACAUGUAAAAAGCAUGACAGGUAAUGCAUGAUUAGCACUAUUUAAACUAUUAAAAAGUUAUGUUCUAUAAAUUAAAGGAACAUCAAAUCAGCAACUGCAUACUUAGUUUUGUAAAGAAGUUCCAAACUUAAGUUCGGGAGGAGUUUGUUCGUCUAGGCCUGCCAAUCAUAUCCCAAGGAUAUAUAAGCAGCUGCUUCACUCACACUGGUUAUGAUUCUUCUGGUAUUCCUCCACCUCCCAGUCUCCACCUUUAUUUUUUUAUGACACCUGUACCAAUUAUUAUUCCAUAUUGUCUUUCUAUUUCUCGCUUUAGUCAGAUAGUCCGGGGAGGGGAUCUCAGAGCUCAAGCCCUUCCAUUGUGGACAGCACGCCAAAUCCAUUUAUCUUAAUGUGAUCCAGGACUGUAAUGUGAACCAGUUAACUUGUGGUGUCAAGGCUGUGCUAAAAUAAAGCUAUUGAGUAGAACUUCUUACAAAACAAGACUAAAGUCAAUAUUUCAUGAAUAUUUGAUUGGCAUAUUUAGCUUAAGUAUGAGGGUUGCUGGGCAACUUGCUUUUUACAUGAUGUAUACUGGGGUUUUUUGUGCACUGUAAAUUAAAAUUGAAUAUGAAAUGCAUUCUUUGUGUUUGUUAUUAACUUUGAGGAAAGGAGGGGCACACAACCUACAGUGUGUCUCAAUCAGCUCCCUAUGUCAUGAAUAAGUAUAUCAUGAAGACGAAUUUCAGGCACUGGUAAGGGUGUUGAUCCUGAACGUUGGGACACUUAUGGCACGAUUAUGAGCUCGCACAUUAAAACACAGCUGGUAUUAUUCAACAACAUCGCCGUAUAAAUGACACUGCCAUGCAUUUUUGUCGGAGAUAUUCAAAUGUACAGUGUCAUUAUGAAAUAUAAAUGGCAUAAAUAAAGUAUUUUUAACCUUCUAACAACUCAUUACUAACAGACAUUACAAACAACAUCUCUUUUAAAGAGAAAAGAAGGCUUUGACUUCAUAGUUUUACACUUGUGCUCGUCUUCUAACGACUUGAAAGACUUCAGAAGACAUGACAACGUUUCCGGUAAGGGAACAUAGUGAGCAACGAUGCUCCCUGGUUUUUACGGUCCAUUCUGGUCAUUUUUAGGGAGCUAACGUUUCAGUGCAUUGGAACAAUUUUGCGAUUGAGACAGCCCUAGAAAAGGCAGACUCCCUGAUCAGUGCCCUGACUACUGAACUAGGGAGCUGAUUGAGCCAGACCCAUAGAUAUUCAUUUACUCAGUCAGCUGAGGUGCCUACAAGGUGUCUUGUUGCUGUCAGUAGAACUGAAGAAAACAAAUACAAGCUUUGUUCUACUGAAGUCAGAACCUCUCAACAAAAGCUAAAUUAGGUAAGCAAUGAUGUUCCACUUGAAGUCCUUAUUUCAGCUGAACUGAAAUUGAGUACUAAUAUAUCACAGACAUAAAAAAUGUAUAUAUUGCUUAUUAUAUCUGAUUUAGUUCUUUAAAAUAAAAAGUCAAUGGGACAUACAGUAAAUUGGUUUAUAUUUAUUGUUUUGGCCAGCCUUGAUUAAUGUUCUUACAAAAUCAGUCCACAACCGCAAACAACCUCCUGAUUUAAUUUUUAAUAACAAAAUAUCACGGUUAGGAAACUAAUGAC